GCAGUAAAUGAUAUUUUACUAGUAAAUUGCAAAAUAACAAGCCACAAGGGGCCAUUAAACAAGAGGGAACAGGUAUUUAACAUGGCAAGGCAACAAGGUAACUGAAGUCUGGGAGCAUCUGGUUGAGACUGGUUGGUUUGAUGGGUGAACAAGGAUAGUGGAUAGUGGGCUUAAAUGGGCUGCAGAUGACGAUUUGGAAAUGAGUGGCAGGUAACUCCUGUUAGCUGGGUGGAGACUUGGAGGAGCCACCCUGUGCAGACCUGACAGGAACCCUCUUCCUAUGGCCUGCAGCUGAUGACACAGGACAAUAGGGAACACCUCAAUGAGCAAUGGAUCCAAGAUGAAACUGGACCUAAUACCUCUCUUCUGGGCGUACCCCUCCCAGUCAACCAGGUAUUGCACACCUCGCCCAUGACUGUGAAUCCAUCAACCAGCGAACCGUGUACACUGGACCACCUUCCACCACCUUAGGUUCUGAAGGCGCAGGCUCUGAUGGGUUGAGUAGUCCAUGGAUAAUGGGCUUGAGGCAGGAAAUGUGGAAGAUUAUGCAUUGCAUUGAACUGCUGCUGCUAAAUUAACAAAUUUCACGACACAUGCUGGUGAUAAUAAACCCGAUUCUGAUUCUUCUCAUUGUUACCAUCAAGGAGGAGGUCCAGGAGCCUGAAGGUUCACACUCAGCAUUUCAGGAAGAACUUCUUUCCCUCCACCAUCACAUUUCUGAAUGGACGAUCCAGGGUUGAGUGACGAGCCAAUGAGAUGGCAUCUGCUGUUGCUCAGUUUUUUAUGAUCCAAAGACAAUUCUACUCCAAGAACAUUGUGUACUGCUCAUUGAUUGGAGUAGCUGGAUUGGUGCCGACAGCGGAGUUGGCCAAGAUGUUGAAAAGGUCGGCCGUGAUGUUGGAAAGAGAACCAGCUGAAGUGUUGAAGGGGCAGGCUGAGGCCGGGAUGGUGGAGAAGGAUCUGGGCGAGGUGUCGAAGGAGUCUAUUGGGAUAUCGGAGGAGCUGACCUGGCUGCAGAAGGUGCUGGUGCCCGCUGCUCGGAAGCAUCAGAGAUUGUGCAGUAUAACCGUGGAGAUAGUCUCGGACAUUUCACUUGCGAUUACAAGACUCUCGGACAGUGAUAAUGUACGUUGCUGCAGGCCCAUUACCAUUGUCUGGUGGAGGGGCAGUCGAUAUGGGAGCUGUGUAACCUUGGUUGUAGUGAGAGCUAGGCCUCAAGCCUUGGGACUGCCUGCUGCUGCACAUCAGCUUGUUCAGAAUGUCAGAUACACCUGCAAAGAAAUGAAAUUGUUCAAAUGAUGGAAGAAACAGCAGAGAUUUUCAAGAGUAAUGGAUGAAAGAUUUGGCAUGAUUAAAGAGCGUGAUUAAUCAUUAUGCAUCUUAUGUUCCAAAACAGUAGUGUGCAGGGCUUCUUCCAAAACUGGCAUUAUGAAACUGUUCAUAAAUGGCUUUGCAAUAAAAGCCCCUGUAUAAAGGCGAUCUGAGGCCUGACGCUCGGCCUCAGUCUCCAGGACAUAGUAUGAUGGUCACUCACUCCUGGUUCCUUCUUCCAGUCAAUAAAAGCCGAUAUC